GAGGCGCGGGGUGCGGGCUGUGCGCGCCGCCCGCUCCCUCCUGUCCCCGAGCGUAGCGGCGGUGCGGGGCCCAGGCCGUGCCGAUCCGCCCCGCGCAGCUCCAGGUGUAAGGGGAAUGAGCCCUGCCUGAAGACCCCUGCCUUCACCGGAGGUCCCCCCAGACUGCUGGGGCACUGGGCUUAACACAGCAAUGGCUGGGAGCAACUCCUUGGAAACUCCAUGAAGGAAAGAAGCACAGCUCUUGACAAUGGGACCUGGUCCGCAUGGCACCCGGUCCCCCCAGCACCUGGUACCCCCAGUACUAGGAGCGGCACCCAGAGCAGCACCUGGUGUGCUCCUGCUCUAGUCGCCCUAGAAAGAGAGACCACCCGUCCUCGACCCAAUAACAUGGACAGAAGUGGGUGCCGGCUACGGAGAAGGAUACCACUACGUCUGUGUGAGAUCCCUCCCACAUAGAAUCAAGGCCACCUCAGUGCCGCACUCUGGUGCCUCUGUCCCCGUGCAGAGCCUGGAGAUUGGAGAGCUAUCGCAGCCCUGGGAGGAAGCUGGCUCGUCGGGAACCUCUGGAGCUUGAGCGCCCCAGCCUGGCUUCAAGUCCCCGCCCUUGGCUCUUCGUUAUUCAAAUCCAUGCCCCACACCUAUGGGACUGCUUGGUUUAUUUCUAGAAAACAGUGUUGGGUCAUUCGCUGAAGUCUUCACCUACAUGGACCCUUGCCUUGGGCUCUCUUGGGAGUCUGGAGCCCAGUGGCUGGAACCAAAAGGCCAAGGGCAGGGCAGGAGCUUUGGGAGCCAGGAUGGCGUCCAAUGGCACAGCCCCUUCCUGUGGCCUGGAGUCCACGGUGUUCAAGGUCACCCUCAGCAUGGUGCUCGCCGUCCUCAUCCUCGUCACUGUUGCUGGCAACGUGGUAGUCUGCCUGGCUGUGGGCCUGAACCGCCGACUCCGCAGCCUCACCAACUGCUUCAUCGUGUCCUUGGCGGUCACUGACCUGCUCCUCGGUCUCCUGGUGCUGCCCUUCUCUGCCAUCUACCAGCUGUCCUGCAGGUGGACCUUCGGCAGGGUCUUCUGCGACGUCUACACCAGCCUAGACGUGAUGCUCUGCACGGCCUCCAUCCUCAAUCUCUUCAUGAUCAGCCUCGACCGCUACUGCGCUGUCACGGACCCACUGCGGUACCCUGUAAUGGUCACCCCAGCUCGUGUGGCCAUCUCCCUGGUCUUCAUCUGGGUCAUCUCCAUCACCCUGUCCUUCCUGUCUAUUCACCUGGGCUGGAACAGCGGGAGUGAGGCCAGCAAGGGCAACGACACUACCCGCAGGUGCCAUGUGCAGGUCAACGAGGUAUACGGGCUGGUGGACGGGCUGGUCACCUUCUACCUGCCUCUGCUGGUCAUGUGUGUCACCUACUAUCGCAUCUUCAAGAUCGCCCGGGAGCAGGCCAGGAGGAUCAACCACAUGAGCUCCUGCAGGGCGGCCACCAUCAGGGAGCACAAAGCCACUGUGGCGCUGGCUGUCGUGCUGGGUGCAUUCAUCAUCUGCUGGUUUCCCUACUUCACCGUGUUCGUCUACCGUGGGCUGAAAGGGGACGAUGCCGUCAAUGAGGUGUUUGAAGCCGUUGUGCUGUGGCUGGGCUACGCCAACUCGGCCCUGAACCCCAUCCUGUAUGCUGCGCUCAACAGGGACUUCCGCACAGCUUACCAGCAGCUCUUCUGCUGUAGGCCCGGUCACCGUGGCUCCCAUGAGGCUUCCCUGAGGUCCCUAAGGCUGAACAACUCUCAGCUGUCACGGAGCCACAGCCGAGGACCCAGGUGGCAGGAGGAGAAACCCCUCAAGCUGCAGGUGUGGAGUGGGACUGAAGUCACUGCACCCCAGGGAGCCACAGACAGACUGUGCCAACCAUCCAUCCAUCUACUCAAUUAUCUCUUUAUCCACUCAUCCAGCUACCCAUGCAUCCAUCCACCUGUCCAUGCAUCCACUCAACCAUCCCUUAAUCCACCCAUCCAUCCCUUGCUUCCUCCAUUCAUCCAUCUACCCACCCAUAUACCCAUCCCUCCUUCCAUCCCUCCAGCCAUUCAUCCAUAUAUCCAUCCACCUAUCCAUCCAUACCUCCUUCCAUCUAUCCACCCAUCCACCCGUCUCUUCUCUAUUCCUUCAUCCACCUAUCCAUCUACCCAUCCAUCUACCCAUCCAUCUGCCCAUCCAUCAGUCUACUCAACCGUCCAUUCAUUUAUCCAUUAAUUCAUCCAUCCCUCCAUUCAUCCAUCCAUCCACCCACCCACCCAUCUGUCCAUUCACCUAUUCAUCUACCCAUUCACCUCUUCACUCAUCCAUCCAUCCAUACAUCCACCCAUCCAUUCAUUGCUCAUUCAUUUAUUUGCAAACACUUGUCAGAUUUCCAUCACAUGCCAGGGCCUAUGCUGAGGGCCAGGGAUGUGGAAGUGAUAUUCUGUGUGUUGACACUGAUGAGAGUUAUGGAAGGUGAGCUGCAAGCUCUGCUCUGAUCUCUGCCUCACUCACCCUGUGGCUCGAGCAAGUCUUUGUGCUGUUGGGUCUCAAUUUCCUCCCAUGGGGCCUUCUAUCUGUUUCCUGGAGUUGCCUGAAGUCCCCCAGAGCUAGGGGAUGUGGACCCAGCAGAACUGGGGUCUGCUGUUGGGGUCUGCUGUUGGGCUCUGAGCAUCGCACACUCUAUGAGAAUGUGGACAGAUACUGCAGACCCACACCAGGGCUCUCCUUCUGAUGGACAGCUGUGGGCAAACCUGCCUCGCUGGGCCCCAGGUCCCCUUGCAUCUGCUACACCCCUGUAGACAUGGAGUGUACCCACCGACUUGAGACCUGGGCCCUCCCCACUCCUGUGCUAUUGCUUCUGCCUCUGAGCUAUUUUGCAGCCUCCCCUCUGGCCUCUUGGCCUCUAGACUGUCCCUCUCAAGUCCAUCCUCCCACACCCACCCUCCACCAGGGUAUAUCCCUGCCCUGUCAUGGUGGACCUAAUGCCCAUCUGAUCCCAUUCUUCCAUGUCCCUUCCAAUCCCUCAUCCAGAAGGCAGCCUCAAAGACAAAGCUGGUUUAUCUCACAGUGCAAAAAAAGAAAUAAAACAGACGAGCACACACCAGGGCAGAGGGCCAGAGAGCAGGCAGGUAGCACUUUUUAUGUGUUGCUUUGUGUCACUCAGCCCUGUUCCACUCCCAGGCUCAUAAGCUGCCUUUGCAUUGUCCCGUUACCACCCCAUCCCAGAAGCCAAGGUGCACAGGGAGCCAGAGUGAGCCCUGCCCACACUGCUGCUCUGACCCCCUGGAAUCACUAAUCGUCCAGUUAUGGAAUAGACGGGCAAUUGCUCACAGCAGCAGGUGCCAAAGUUUGAGACUCAGUGUCCCCAGCAAUGAGGGACAGUGCAUGUCCCUAGGAGCUUGUCCCAGAGAACUGCCUUUUGAGUUGAGCCUUUAAAUGCAAACAGAAAGCCCUUCUCACCCAGGAGGGGCUGGACCUCAUUCUGUUCUCUGGGAAGGAGGGUCUGUAUCCACUCUACAGUUAGGAAACCGGGGCUGGGGAGUUCCAGUAAGUCGCUCCAAGUGUCACAACUGGGAAGAAGCUCCCAAGCUGAGGUCUGAGCAACUGCAGACAGCAGCACCAGCUUCCGGUGCCCUCUGCUCCAGGCACCCCACGAGUUUGCCCAUCUGCCUUCUGUCAUCUUCACGCCCACCCUUGAUGAAGAGCCAAGGCUAGCUAAGAAUCACUGCCCACCUGACACAGCCGUGCAGAGCCGGGGACAGAGCAGGGCCUCCUGGAGGCCACAGUCCCUGGGGCAGGGGGCAGAAGGGCUGGGCAGACAAGGGCAGGGUAGGGGCAGUCAGAGGACCUCACACCAAGGUCAAAGGCAUGGAAGUUGCAGGAGGCCAAGAGCAGCCAGAGGUCGAUCUUCACACUGAGGCUGCCAGAGCCAUGGGGCUCCCUGAGGCUGGCUCCGGGCUCCCUGCUGACUGAUAGCAGGUCCUUCCUGCUCUCUACUGGGGUCAAGAGCCAGCGCCAACCCGCGGCCCUUAUCAAUGCCAGGGCUGGGCUGUCUGCCUGAGCCAAGGGUGCUAAAGGGGACCAAUUCAGCCUGCCUGGGCAGAGUAGGGGCAUGGUCAGCCCAGGGGGUAUCCAGAGACAGGGGGCCAAACAUGCUGCUGCUCCUUCCCUGUGGCCAGACAGCAGCCCACGUCCCAACAUGGACCUCUGUCUGCCCCUUCCUCACCCCAACUCCCCUGGACACCUCCUUGCCUCCUAGGGUCUCUCUUCUCCGUCUCUCCUAGUGAGCUUUCCUGCACACAGAUCCCCCACAUGGCCUGCUCGGCCACUCCUGGUGAGCUUCCCAGAGCACGGAUCCCCUGUUGUCCCCAGGUUCCCACUGAACCUGUCUCCUGCUGUGUACAGCACAUCUCUGGUUUUCUUCUUGUGGCUGAUGUUAAAAAUAACUACCUUUUUUUAAAAAAAAAACUGAAAAACAACACACAUUCAGAACUCUGCAGUCAAGGUGUGGGCAGGGCAGUCUUUUCUGGAGAAUCCCAGGCAGCAUCCCUUGCUGUCCCCAGCACUGGAUGCCACCUGUGCACCAGGGCUCAUGCCCACCAACUACCCCUACUCCACCUCUCAUUUCCACCCUCCCUCCCCUCUUCUGCAAACCGACCUCUUAGAAGGACCCAUGGAAGGGCCACCUGAGCAGCCCAGGAUGGAGGCCUUUCUUGAAUUCCUUAAUCCAUCAAUCUGCGGAGGCCCUGAUAUCACAUAAGGUAACAUUCUCUGGCGUUUGGGACUUAGGCCAACCUGCGCCCGUUCCUCAGCCUGCCAUGAGCCCCAGCACCAGAGGCUCUUGAUGCCUGGGUCCCUGAGCACCUUACCUUCCUGCUCCAUUUUCUGACAGCAUCCCAAGGCCAGGUCCCUCUCCCACCCUCCCCAGCCAAAUCAAAGUGCCCUGCACUCCUUCAGCCAAGGCAUUUACCAAGGCCUGCUGGCUGCAGCACUGCUCGGGACAGCAGUGAGCAAGGCAGCCCUCCUGUCCUAGGGAACAGGUCUCUCCAUGUUGGACAGCGUGGUCUCCCAGACACAAAGUGGCUGGUGUCCCACAGUCUCAGAUGUGGCAGAGCUCGGAUUUCAGCGCAGCCUGUCACACUUAGAGCUUGGGCCCUUUCCAUAGUAACACACCUGGACUUGAACUUGGCCUGCUCUUGACUGACACUUCAACUCGUCCUCUAGACACCAGAAAGGGCAGCCCAGGCACAGAGAGGCAGGUGACCUGUCUGCAGUGCGAAACAGGCUGAGCGGCUGGGCCCUGCCCAGUGCUCUUUGUGCCCCCCCCACCUCACUGGUCCCUAUAAUCUCCCAAUUCAGAGAUAUGAUUCAUGAGUACCUGGCCUAUCAGCAGCCUUGGGCACUUCCUCAUUCCUCAGUGCCCCUGCACUUGCUCCCCAUGGGCGGGGAUGCACCCAGACCCCCAGACGCCUGGCAGGCUGCUGUGGUGCUCUGCUCCCUCCUUCAGCCGCCGCCCCCUGCCAGGGAACCAUUUCCCACCUGCCAUCCCACCUGCCUGCCCACCUCUCUGCAGUCAGAGAGGACAUUUCCAAAAGUCCAUCAAAGCCGGCUCCACCUCUUCUGUUGCACUUGGACUAAAAUGCAAAGUCCAUCCCAGCCUCCAAGGCUCUGGACCGGAGUUGCUGCCCUUGCCCCAGCCCACUCACACCCCAAGGGGACAGCCUCCCAGGCCACACCUUGUCCCCAUUCAGCCUGCCUCCCUGGGAGGUGCAUGCCUGUGCUCUUGGCUGCUGAGUCCUGACACCUCGUCUUGUGCUCAGCCUGGAGCAGGCCCAGGGACUUUUUUCAAACAGAUGAUGAAUGAAUGAGUGAGCGAAUGUCUUAUCCUGGUCCCAGAGGGCCCUGAGAAAUGAAUAAAGCCACCUGCACUGUAGAGAUCAAAAACUGGGUCUCAAAGAGGGAAGCAGCAGGAAGCCAGGGAGAGCUCAGAGAUGGCUGGCUCCUUUGCCACCGUGGCAUUCCCACACAGCAGCCUCCAGGGACCGCUAGAAAUCACUGCACCUCAGGGUGGCGACUGCCUGCCUCCCCAGCCCUGUCAUAGACAGAACAAAAAAGUGAGGCUGUGUGCCACAAGCAUAGGAAGUGGCUCAUACCUGGACUGGGUCCCCUGCACCACAAGGCAUGUCCUGUUUGGCCAAAGGUGGAGGGCACAGGAAGGGUGGGGCUGGCUGUCUUCUGCUCCAAACCCAGCCCUGGGGAUGCGCCUGCAGCUUCCGUGGGCAGCGGAGCCUGUGUCUGACACACUUCUGCAAAAGAGCUGCUUCUCGGAAAGGAAGUUUCCUCCUGGGGCCCAAGUUGUCGACUCCUUCAAAACCCAAACGUGUCAACUUGUGCAAUCCCGCUCACCAACUGGUAUGGCUUCUCGGCACAUUGAUGUUAACAUUUCUGAGGAGUUCCUACAAAUGCUUUGGCACGUGAGCCUUAGCAGCUGCCCUCAGACUAAAGGUUGAAGGCUGCCCCUCCUGCAUCUGGACCACAGCUGGCCACCUGCCUCAAAUAGGGGCUUUUCAGCUCUGCCUCUGGUUCAGGCUGCCCGGGGUUUCUCCUGAAGCCGGGUCGGGCAGAACCCUGUGGGUCAUGGCCCCUGCUGGCUGGAGGAGCCACUCACCAUCUGAGGGGCCUGUCCUGACCUACAGAAUGGUGGCAGGGGUCUACCUCGGCAGGCCAGUGGGACAAGAGUGAGGAGAGCAGGCAGUAACACAGUCCCUGCGCCCCCAGCCACCUCUCCUCCUGCCUCCCUCCCAAGGCCCUUUCCUCCUUUCUCUGACUCCUACAUGCAGUAGUCCAACCCUCUACAGCUCACCCACUGAAAGUAUGCUCCACACUCAGUAUGCUCAGAAUUGGGUAGCCAUCCUUACAAUCAAGUUUGGAACAUUCCAUCACCUCAGAAGAAACCCUGUGCCCUUUAACUGUCACCUCUGAUUCCCACAUUCCAUUCCCUGUGUUCCCCGCCCCCCCUCCGCCCCCCUUGUGCCCAGGAGCCUGACCCGCUUUCUUCCUGUAGAUUUUCUUGUUCUGGAGGAUUCACAUCCGACGUGGUCUUUUGUGUCCCACUCAGUUUCCAAGGCUUGUCCUCACCACCUUUUCCUUCUUCUGCUCCUUUUUAUGUUUGCCAUGCUCAGAUCCUCCCGUCCUCCCAUCCUUCUCAUCCUCCAUGUCCUCCCCAUCCUCUUCCUCCUCUCUGUCCUCCCUGUCCUCCUCCUCCUCUUCUACAUCCUCUCUGUC